UCAACACAUAAAGAGACCCUUCUUCUUCAGCCCAGAUUGCAUCCACUAUUACAAGCCCAUGCUCUGAAAAAUCAACAACUACCCACUUCGAAUCUCCAACCCUGCAAUACCUCACGCGGGGUUUCCAAGGCUCGACGACGGAGACGAACCAAUCGGAAACGGAAACAGAGUGACCGCCGCCGCCGCCGCCGCUCCAGGGAGGAGGAGGAGGAGGAGCCCAGAUUGAAACCCUAUAUCGAUGCCUAUUAUACCACAACACGUAUGGCUGGGGAAAUUGUGUACUUUGCGGUGGCCAUUUGGGGGAAGCAUGAGGCCUGGAAUCCGUCGCCGCUGAGUUAGGGGGAGACGGUGUUGUAAGCCGGCGAUUCUCCACGAACGGCAUGCGCCGGUGAAUCGGAUGUUGGCGGAGAUGGUGGUUAAUUUUGUGGCUAUUAUGUCCAGGAGCUCAUCCGGAAGGUUUUGCCAAUCCGCCAUUGUUGGGCUCUUUUCUUCUCGUUUUGGUUCCGUAUACAGAGGAAGGUUAAUUAUAUAGGGAUUUAUUUUGCUUUUCCUUCUCAUUUACGGACUAUUUUGCUUUUCCUUCUCAUUUACGGACUACCGGUAAUUAUUGCAAGCAAAGUAGCAAACACUUAUUUAAUUAAUUCGAUAACAAACUCCGAACAAGGACAAGACUCCUCAACUAAGAAAGCAGACAAAGUUAUCCCGAUUCUCCAUCAGCCGGCUCCGGUGGGAAGAUCGGUAGCUUUCUCCCCGGC